AUGACGUUGAACCAGGAUUACCUCAACUCAAUAAAGAGCGAGCUGGAGAAACUACCAAUUAAAGUAAGCUGAUCCUUUUAUAAAGACCUGUUAUGGGUUCAAUUUCGUUGUCUAACCGUUGCUUUCAGCACAAAAAACGGCGCACUCAUGUCCCAUUCCGCCCAACCAACAAUGUGAACUACUUGAACAUGAUGAAGAAUUGUAUUGGAAAGGAGCUAAGCAAAGUUUCGCUGCCGGUAGGUUGUCUUAACAGCGCCAAAUUUGUAAUAAAAUUUCCCAUUUUUUGCCAAUUUUUGAUUAAAAAUCUUGGUUGUUUCUAUAAAACGCGAGCUAAAAACCUCCCGUAUGCUUAGGAUUAAAAAAUAUGCAAAUUUGACCAAGUUUUAAUAAAAUCCGAGGUUUCCAGUUGGUUUCUGGAAAGUUCUUUCCCACUGCACAUCAACUCCUUUUUUCAGGUCGAUUUCAACGAGCCCUUGUCGACUUUACAACGCCUAACUGAAGACUUGGAAUACUCCUACUUACUCGACAAAGCAGUUUCUGAAAAACACGAUCCCUACAAAAGGCUGGCCUAUAUUUCAGCAUUCGCUUUGUCGGCCUAUUCCUCGUUACCCAAUCGAAAUGCAAAGCCGUUCAACCCACUGCUCGGUGAGACCUUCGAAUUCGACCGACGAGAGGAUCGAGGGUUCUUUUCAGUGGCUGAACAGGUAAGCUGAGGAGAAAUUUUAAUUUAAAAUACGACGUGUAGCGGUGGGAUUACAUUUUUGACUUUUCUUUAUCAAAAAUGUUGACAAUCUUAAAUAUUAUUUUAGAAAAAAAUCGGCCGAACAAUAAAGAUCUUUACUGACGAGAGACUAUGGAAAACGAGGAGAGACAGUUCGAGAAAACUCCUUUUUUUGCCCGCAUCCGGAUAGAUUUUACUCUGCAACUGUCUACUUUUAGAUGGCAAUUCUGUGUUUUCGGGGAAUGCAAAUAAAUUUUUAUUUUGAUAACCGUAAAAAAUAUAAAAUUUUGACCGACUUUAGCUUAUUUAAAAAUGUCGCUGAUUUCUGCAAAGCGCGAGCUUAACAUAUGACAUAUUUCCAAUUUCGUCUUCUGACAGGUGUCAUCGAAGAAUCACCUUAAAUUGCGGCUACUUCCAAGCAGUUCUAAGAAUACCGCCAUGUGUUCAUGACGUAUUUUAAAAACUAAAAACCAAUGUAUAAUAUAGCAAGCUUUCCCAUUUUUUCAAGCCUUCCUUUCAGAUUUCACAUCACCCUCCGACAAGUGCCUUGUUUGCCGUUGGCGAAGGCUGGGCGGUUCAGGAGAAGUACACCUUCUCCACCGCAGUAAAAGGCAAAACUUUUACUGUCCAUCAGGACGGCUCGACUUUCAUCAAAUUCACGGAUACUGAUUCCACUUACGUUUAUAAAAAAGUAAGAACUUUUUCGGCUCAAAAAAAUUAUGUUUUUUUAUUUCAGCUGCCCUGCUCCAGAGUCAUCACAAAUCUCGUAUCGGGGAAAGUAACGACUUCUUGCGUUGGGGAAAUUGUCAUUUUCCAAAACAAAUGCGCCGCCCAGAGCCGAAUCAAACUUGUGGAAAACAAAAACGGAUCUCAUAACGCCAUUUCGGGUACAAUUGUCGAUGAAAACGGAAGAAUUCGAUAUCAACUGCACGGAGUUUGGGAUAAACACAUUUUAUUGCGAAAACUCGAUGAAGAUGGCGAUAUUGUAGCCGAAACUUUGGUGUGGCAGCGAUUUCCACUACCGUAAGUCGGAAAAAAAAUAAAUAAUUGGCAAAAAGAAUGACUAACUUUUACACCAUUUUUUAUUUUGAUUUAUCUAUAACCUAUUGUAAUUUUUUCAGUGAAAACAGCGAGAAAAUGCAUGGAUUCUCUCAAUUUGCAAUCGAACUCAAUGAACUUGAAGAAGGCGUGGCGCCAACUGACAGUCGAUUUCGCCCGGAUCAAAGGUAUAUGGAAAAUGGGGAUUGGAAAAAGGCGAAUCAUGUAAAAACGGAAUUGGAAUCUAGGCAACGAUUACGGAAGGCCAAACGGGACGAACUAGGAAAAAGUAAGAGUUUAUGGUAAUCGCCGUAAUUAAAGUGGGGGACCUGAUCCAGUGGCAAAAAACGUACCAUUUUGCUUCCGGGAAGUAUCAAAACUGUGACAAAAUGCUUCCCUCUCCAAGUGAAAAAACUCCGAUUUCAAAAGCACGCCCGCUCAUUUUGUGAGGAAAAGGAGCGCCCUUAAAAACGAAGUUUUUUUUCAGUUGGAGAGGGAAGGAUUUUGCCACAUUUUUGAUACUUCCCGGAUGCAAAAUGGUACGUUUUUUGCCACUGGAUCAGGUCCCCACUGUAGCAAAACAAUUGUUGAUUUUUUGAUAAAGUUAUUAACAACAAGGUCAACUUAGACUUCGACUUUAUCGACAGACCCUCCUAAUCUCUUUUUCAGCUUUAUAAAGGACUCUCGAAUAUUUUAGACUUCAAUUUUCUUAUUUUUUUCCAAAAGAUUUCUUUAAUUUACCUUAUUUUAGCUUACACUCCCCUUUGGUUUCUCCCCAAGCCCGAAUCUCGCCGUCUAACCGCCGAUGACCAAAUCGAAUUCAACCUCGACUACCUCGUCCAUCACCGGACGAAAGACUGGAAAAUCUGUCCAAAAAUAUUCGAAUUUUAG